UAUACCUACCUAUUCAACAGUAGACUUGAAACUUUAAGUUAAUUCGUAGUAUUCUGAGAUAAGUUCAGACCAGGAUGUUAUGAAGUUGAUCAUGACGGAACAUUACAUUUUAAAAUUGUGUUUUUUAUGUCUCGGAUUAUUACAGUAUGGAUCAUCUGAAAAGAUAGCGUUUGAUACCGGUAUUAGUUUGGACGUUGUUGACCCAGACCUGUUGGGAACGGAAAAAGAUAAUGUUGCUGAUCCAGUCAAUACAGGGAGCUACUUGUUUAAAGCAAAAAAUGAUGGUGACACCAGAGCUUUGACAUUGAACAUACUGGUACGAGAUUUCAAGUCGGCAGAUUCGCUGUACUUUAGGGCUCAUCCAACUUUCCUAAAAUGUAUACAAGCCGCCAUGACCAAACUCAGAAAUGCUGAUAAACAGGUCGCAGUUAAGCAAGGGUUUCAAACACACAAUGACGUUGGAGGUGGUACCUCAGACAGAGAAAAUUACCUUAGAAGCGGUGCUGGUAUCACACUACAGGCUAAGCAGGGAGUAACUGUCACUCUGGACGAAAUCGUCACUGCUGUCUUGCAAACAUGUCCUGUUCCUAUGAUGAAAUUAGAGAGAGACAUUGGCAUUGAGAAACUUGCGGAUGGCGUCCAUGUUCACAUGAAAGGAGCUACCCAUACUUCAGGACCAACGUUCACUGGCGUGUCAGGAGAGUAUGAUGAUAUAAAUGCUGGCUUAGAUCCACAGAAAAUACCAGAUUGUUCCAAUCUUAACACAGUUGCAGAUGGUGCGUACUAUCCUGGUGGAUACGAUGAUCCAACAAAAGUAGUAGGUGUAGUUGAUGAACCAGUGGAUAGAACUAUGACAGUAGAUGCCAGCAGACUUGUACAGUAUUUGGGUAACAACGUCGACUUCAGUGAUUGUGCAAAUUAUGCAGGAAAUGCAUUAACUGGACCUACGCUAAGGUGUGCACAAAGAACGAUGACAACAAGAAUGUACAAUGCCGUAAAAUACUUACAAAAAAUGGUUAUAGAUAAUAUGUCAGGCAAGUUGGAGAUCACAAAAGCAUGGGACGAUACAGGUGCAAAUCCAGAUUCUCUCCAUUCGGAAGGUAGAGCUCUGACAGUACAGCUCAAGGCAUCAUCUUCGUCAGCAGAUAUGACAACGCUGUCACGAUAUGCUAUAUGUGCGGGUGUAGAUUAUGUUGCACACAAAGGUGAUCACCUCUUGCUAGCUGUAAAGAAAAUGAAGGGUGAUAUAGCUAAUAUGAUCCAGUUUAAAUCCAUUCAACUGAUGGCAGUAGAACCACCAUCUUCGAAAGCGUCAUACUACAGUUUGCCAUCUGAAUUUACAGAAACUGAGAUUAAUGCCAAAUAUUCCCUGUUUGACAGCAGUGGUCGGGAAGAUUUCAAGCUAAACGACAAUGCUACAGUUGGAAUGUUUAUGUCACAAGAUCCAGACUACCGUUACUUUAGAUUAGACCCUAGAAUAGUCGAAUGUUAUUCUUCAAUAGUUGACAGUGAAAACAAAAACUCAGAUGACUUGAUUGAAGUAGAAGUGAUUCGUGGAUAUAUAUCCAACCCUGAACAAGCAUCUUUGAUGGAUGUUAUGGACGAUAGAUACGAAACACACACUUUGGGCGUGGCUUUGCAGAUUAGGUACAAAAAUGGAACCGUCAGCUCGGAGUUUACGCCUCAAAGGCUUGCACAGAAGGCUGUAGAGCAAUGUUCGCCUGUUUUCAAUCACACUGGAAGCGAUGAAGAGGCUGUGGGAAUUGGCAUAUACAAAGACAGUGUUUUUGUUGAUAUUAGAGACCAGUUUGAAUUAUGGGUUGAAAAAGAUGAAUAUAUUCCAACAGGAUAUACACUUGAGACUUACACUGAUUUCAUGGAAAAAAGAGCUGAACUUGCAAAUGACUUCCGUAUUGUUGAUCCAGACGACAUGACAGAAGCAUGCGCACUUGCACAUCCUCCAGCUAAGCAGUCACUUACUUAUGAUUAUGAUGAACCUGAAAUAUCCAAACGCAAAAGACGACGAAAGCGUGCAACGGCUGACGACUGCAUACCGACCUAUUCUACACCCCAUUGCUCAUUGGUUGCCAAGCAUCUUCAGGAAGAGGUAGACGAGAUUUGGACCGAGACUAAUAGAAAAUGGAUAUAUCGUAAUGCAACUGAGGUUAAAGAAGCGCUGGAUAAUUGUUUAGGAAUCUGUGGAACUUGUCUUACAGGUGCAAUUUAUGAGUCUAAACUAAAGCACUGUAACAAUUUACUUCAUUGGCUACCAUUUGAAAUGAUGAACACUGAUCCAGACAUUACAAACUUUUAUCCACGAGAUAACCUGCAAGCAAGAGGGCUGGCCUGUAAUGGUGGUGAACAUUGUCUGGAAAAGGCACCGUUGUUUUCUAUUUUAAUGCCAUCUAUCAAGAGAUUAUACAGACCAGACCCCAACAAAAGUGUGAAGGAAUUGAUAUAUGCAUCUGAAGAGAACCCCACGCCAUGCCCACAGAUUCUGGAUGAACUGUAUGCCAGUCAUGCUAAAGGAAUCGUCAAAUUUUGGGUUGCAGACGAAACUGACAUAACCUCGUUUAAACAUGGAUUACAGACUGCUAUGUUGUACAAUAAAGAUGUGACCAAAGUACACGUUUACGUGCUUAACGCUCACAGCAAGGAGGUAGUUGAUGGUGUACUUCAGGGUUUCACAAGGGAGUUUGCUACCACUGGAUGUCCAAAAUAUACAAGAGAAACUGUAGCUGAGUUUGAAGUCCUCGAUCCACCUCACCAUGUGCGUAGGAGAGCUGCAUCACAUAUCCAUAACCACAAAAACAAGUUGGUACAAGACGCAAUGAACUGGGAGAUGAACGACUUAAGAGGACCUUAGAAAUAUCUAUGAGUGCAUCAUUACCUUUUUGUUUUUAUGUUAAAUCAUUAUAAUAUUUAAUUUUACCAAAUAUUAUUCUAUUUUAAUUUUGCAUUUUAUAGUUGUUAAAAAGUGCUUUGAACUUCAUCGUUAAAUAUUGUCAAAAUACUUAUUUUAUUCUCUGUAGCUGUUGUAGGAAUCCGUCCAUUUUUGUACUCUUUUAAAGAGCAAUUGAAAUAUAAUUAAUAUUUUAUUCAACAAGAACAUAGGAACCAUGAGUUUUUUGUAGACAAAAUGCGCACCUGCAUACACAAUUAUAAGCCUGGUAUCUUUAAUGUUUUUUUAAGCCCACCAGACAGUAUGUCUUCAACUACUAUAAAAUAUUUAUACCGGAACUAACUAAUGACAAAAACAGGUACUUUCCAAUAUACAUUCUUUGAUACUUUGAAAAAUUUCAUUCAGAUUUAGAAUAUGAAAACAAAUAUAAUAACAAAUACGUAAUGUUAUUUUGUUCUCUAUACGUUUAGCUCAUAUACAAUAUGUACAUCAGAAAAAUAAAAUAUUAUAGUCUGUCCAAGGACGGAUAAGGAAAUUAAAAGCAUAAAUUUCACAUUUUCUUUAAAUGGUUUUACUUUUAGAAGUUCAAAGUUUUAGGACUUAGGAACCUUGAUAUGUAUUGAUUGAUACUUAAAUUUUACUUUUUUUGCUAUCAAAAUGUUUUUGUUUGUAUUUUUUAAUAUUCACUUAUUUUUCAAAUAAGUGUUGUUUAUUCAUUCCUACAUUUUAAAAUUAAAACAGAUGUGAUAAAACAUUGAUCAGUAUUAUAUACACAUUUCUUAUUUUCUUAAAUAAAAAUAUCUUAGAAUA